UUUCCGGUGUUCAGUCAUUACAUCAUUGGGAUAUCUUUACUGUUGUUUUAGUAAGUGACCUACGUUACGUUUAUAAGUUGUGUAACCCGGAGUUCGUUAUUGUAUAACAUGUAAAAAUGAGAGCAAAAGUGCGUUUAAUGUAAUCAUUCUAGUGAGUAAUGCUAACAGCUAGUUAGCGAACCUGUUAUUACAAGUCGGUGGCAGUCCUAACCUGCCUCAACACUCCCACUUUCUUCUGGAGAGAAGCUUGCUAAUCUCUCCAAACUGAUUGUGGAAACAUUUUUGCCGUAGACUUCGAGCAGCGACAUAUCCCAGAUCCGAGGCGGUACACACCUGCCCUCUCAGCCAUGGGAAACACAUCCUGCAACCACCUGGGCAUCCCUCCACCUCAGGGCCCCAAAGCCGUGGGUUGCACGGACCUAAUGAUGGAUCACACAGUGCAGGGAAGCUUCUUCCGCCUUUACUACCCUUGUCAGAAGAUGGACAAGGCUGAGAUGCCAGCUUGGAUCCCCAACAGAGAAUAUUUCAACGGCCUGACAGACUUCAUGAAAAUCAACAGAACUUUCGGCGAAAGAAUAUUCAACUUCCUCUUUGGCUCCGUCAAGAUACCAGCCCACUUGGACGCUCCAUUUCACUCCAAUGAGAAAUGUCCAGUCAUCAUAUUUUCCCAUGGCUUGGGAGCCUUCAGGACUUUGUAUUCUGCCAUUUGUACAGAACUGGCCUCCAGGGGCUUCAUCGUGGCCUCCGUGGAACACAGAGACGAGUCUGCCUCCGCCACGUAUUACUUUGGAGAAAAGGGCAAGUCCCGGCAUGCACCAAACGCGUCUUUCUUAGGCGAUCUGCUGAUGGAAUGGAUCUAUGUCAGAAUGCUGCAGCCGGGAGAGCAAGAAUUCCCCAUCAGAAACCAGCAAGUGACUCAAAGGGCCGAUGAGUGCGUCCGUGCUCUAAGUAGACUGGCAGACAUCGACUCAGGGCUGCCGAUGCAAAAUGUUUUGCAGACACAGUUUGACUGGACGACGUUGCAGAACUCCAUGGAUCUGUCCAAAGUAGCCGUGAUCGGACAUUCCUUUGGGGGAGCAACCGUCUUAGAAGCUUUAGCCAAAGAGACUCAAUUCAAGUGUGGCGUGGCGCUGGAUGCCUGGAUGUUGCCGUUAAAGAAUGACACCUUCCCUGGAAUAAAGCAGCCCGUCUUUUUCAUCAACUCGUGGAGUUUCCAGUGGGCUGAGAACGUCAAACGCAUCGAAAUGUUGCUCGCGGCCGACACGCGCAGGAAGAUGAUCACCAUCAGAGGCACCGUGCACCAAUCCUUCCCUGACUUCACCUUUGUGACGAGAGAGUGCAUCGGCAAGCUGAUGAAGCUGAGGGGCGACCUCGACCCAGAAAUGGCCAUCAACCUCUCCAACAAAGCAACACUAGCCUUCUUGCAAAGACACCUUGGUUUGGAAAAGGACUUCGAUCAGUGGGACCGUCUGAUUGACGGAGAAGAUGAAAACCUCAUCCCAGGAACUAACGUCCCCUUGCUUCAGUCGGCCAUGUGACUCGCACCACAUGCCGCAUGAAGUACCGCAGACCUCAUCAUUGUUAAAAAUCAGGGUUCAAAAUGGACUUUUUUGUCCAACUGUUUUUCAUCUGCACUGGGCUGCAAAGACUCCAAGUGUAACGGUGUGUGUGUGUGUGUGUGUGUGUGUGUGUGUGUGUGUGUGUGUGUGUGUGUGUGUGUGUGUGUGUGUGUGUGUGUGUGUGUGUGUGUGUGUGUG